AUGAAGGAAAAGAAUUUUGCAUCCGGUAAAACCCAAGAGAGUGAGUUUCGACCGAAUAGCCUCGUUGGAGGGCUUGCCGAAAGAGAAUUUGCCAAUGAGGGCAUAUUUGAGGUCCUCCGACAUUUUAGAGACUUCCAAAGGGGAAAAAAGAACCUCCGACAUUUUAGGACGGAUGGUUCAAAGGCUGAAUUGGAGGGUUGGGUCGGGUUCGGUCAGGAAUGGAGGGUUUGGGUUGGGAUCGAGCUGGGAAAGGUGGCGGUUGAGGUGAGAGGGGAUGGGAAGAAGGGCUGGGUUGGUUGGGUGAAAAAGGGCCUAACAGAAUUGGACCCAAAAAAUAGAGGAGAAUUGGGCUUUGUAAAAACGGGCUCAGAGGGAGAAGAAAUAGAGGACUUACCAGCCCAAGAGGGCAAGCCCGAGGAGACGAUGAGAAGACAAGCUGCUGACCGAAGGAAGCUUGGGCCGCCGACAGAUUUAGGAGGUACUCUAAAUCGCCGGGAGGCCAUUCAUGGAUCAUUGUUGGGUUUUGGGGGACCGCCGCUAGCCGGCAGCGGCCGGCUGACUGUUCGGGGAACUCCGAGUGGCACAACGCAGAUAUAUUAG